AAGAUUUAAUAACACCGUCAGAAAACACUUCUACCAAUUGUGAUGCCAUAGAUAUGCAAUCCGACAAGCCUCUUCCAAAAACCAAAAAACUAAUGGAAUAUUCAUCUAAAAAAUGGUCAGAUAUCGUUGAAGAAAACGAAGCGAUGAUAAUGAGUAAAGAAUCAACGGCACAGGAAAAUGAGAUGAUUGAUACAUCUUUAAAACAACCGUCGGUUGCAAAUAACUUUUCGAAAGAAAUUCCUAGUAAAAAUAUAGAGGGUAAAAAAGAAAAUGGAGAGAAAAGCAAAGAAUUACAUGAAUCUAACGUCGUAUUGGAAAAUUCUAAUAAUCAGCCUACGACUUCGACAAUUCUAUCUAGUACGCAGAUUCAGGAAAAUGAAAACAAAUUAUUAUUUGAAACAACCGUUCCUGUUGUAGGAUCAAAAAAAGAACCCGAUACAAUAAAAGAUAAAUCCAUAUUGGAGGAACAAACUUCAACUGUUGAUAUUGUGACGAAAACCGAACCUACAGGUAAAGAACCUAACAAAUGUUUUUCCAAAGACAACAUUCCUUCGGAUAAUUCUCCGAUACAAGAAAGUAUUGAUCAUGGCAAGAAAGAAAAAUCAUCAAAUACCAAGAUUUUACAAUCGAAAAAAGAAGACGGUUUUAAAGUUGAGGGUAAUGUGACUUCAUCUACAAGUUCAAAUAAUUCAAAAGAAGAAAUGAAUAAGAAAAAUAAUAAUGAGCAACCGUUAGUUAAUUUGACGGCACCAAUUAAUAACCUAGAGAAGAAUUUAAAAACACUGUCAGAAAACACUUCUACCGAUGAUGAUAACAAAGUUAAUCCAUCUGAAAAACAAAAUGUUAAAAUCAUGAAAAUCAAUGAAUUGUUGGAAUCAACCAUUGAUUUGGAGUCUUCUAUUACUCAGCCCUUAUCUUCAUCAAUUCAAUCUUCUAGUUCUUUCGUUCAAUUUAAUGAAAAUAAACCGUUAAUUAAAUCGAUUAUUCCUGUGGAUGAACGAAAAAAAGAAUCAAUGGCAAAGAAAGAUACGAUACUUAAUUGUUCACCAAGUGUGGUUGAUGGAUCAGUGAAAUCCAAGGAUACGGUUAUAUUAUAUAACCUCUUUAAUUUAUUUGUAACUGUUUUAAGUAAAAUUUGUAAAAACGAUGAUACUACGAGUACUAUGUAUUACAGUUUAUCUUAUAAAUCAUGUACAAAUAAAGAAUGUAUAAAAUAUUUAAUUUAA